UUCAAAGAUAUCAAUUUAUCAUUAGAAACUGCAAUUGUAUAUCAAAAUAAUACGAAUAAGUUAACAAGGAUGCGAAUCAGUAAUUAAAGGCAGGUUUGAAGACACAAUUGAUAACCUGGCUUGGGUUUCAGUUUCAAUUUUGAAUAAUUGAGAGGCCUUGUUUGAGCAUUGUCUCCUGACUCUACAUUUUCAUCCUCAUUCUCGCCAGGGAUUUUCAUUUUCAUUUUGCUGGUGAGAGCUUUCUUCACAUUUCAUUGCUGAAAUCUUUCAUUUCCUUGUUUCCUUUCUCACAUCAUCAGCCUUAACAGCUCUGCUUCUGUUCUUCAAGUUGAAUCCAAUAACAUCCAUAUGCUUUUUCUGUCGAUUCCCCUCCAUAGAACUUUGUGCAACUCUCUUCACCCUCAUACUCAUUUUGCCCAUAUGUCUAUGUCGCUCUGCUCCUUUGCUUGCUAAACCUUUCAAUUUCCUUGAUUUCUGUUUUUGCGACACCGAUUCCCGUAGCUAGCAGCCUGUUGUUAGUUUACUGCCGCUGUUUUUUUUGGUUUUCUGUCAUCGAUCUGAUCGUGUUCCAAAAGAGAAGAAAGGAGUAGCAAGUAGAAAAUGGUAGAAAUUGUUGUUUCGGUUGCAGCAAAAGUUUCAGAGUACCUGGUUGAUCCAGCUGUACGUCAGCUGGGUUAUCUGUUUAACUACCGUGCCAACAUUGAGCACCUCUCUCUACAGGUUGAGAAGCUGAGGGAUGCCAGGGCUAGGCUGCAGCACUCUGUGGAUGAAGCUAUUGGGAAUGGACAUAUAAUCGAAGAUGAUGCUUGCAAGUGGAUGAAACGUGCUGAUGAGUUCAUACAAAAUGCUUGUAAAUUCCUUGAAGAUGAGAAGGAGGCGCGGAAGAGUUGUUUCAAUGGGUUGUGUCCUAAUUUGAAGUCGCGGUACCAGCUAAGUAGGGAAGCAAGGAAGAAGGCAGGGGUUUCUGUUCAAAUCCUUGGAGAUCGCCAAUUUGAGAAGGUAUCAUAUCGUGCCCCUCUGCAAGAGAUAAGGUCUGCACCUUCCGAAGCUCUACAAUCAAGAAUGUUGACUUUGAAUGAAGUCAUGGAGGCCUUAAGGGAUGCCAAUAUCAAUAGGAUCGGGGUAUGGGGGUUGGGUGGUGUCGGGAAGUCCACGCUGGUGAAACAAGUGGCUGAACAAGCCGAACAAGAGAAGUUAUUCCGCAAGGUGGUCAUGGUACCUGUGUUCCAGACUCCAGACUUCAAAGGAAUUCAACAACAAAUUGCAGACAAGCUAGGUAUGAAAUUUGAGGAAGUGAGUGAACAGGGACGAGCAGAUCGACUACAUCAGAGGAUCAAGCAAGAGAAUACCAUCCUCAUCAUCUUGGAUGAUCUUUGGGCCGAACUUGAGUUGGAGAAAGUAGGAAUUCCUUCGCCAGAUGAUCACAAGGGAUGCAAAUUAGUGCUAACUUCUAGAAAUAAACAGGUCUUGUCGAAUGAGAUGAGUACUCAAAAAGAUUUUCGAGUUCAACAUUUGCAAGAAGAUGAAACAUGGAUUUUAUUUAAGAACACAGCUGGCGAUUCCAUUAAAAAUCCAGAGUUGCAACCUAUAGCUGUUGAUGUAGCAAAAGAAUGCGCGGGUUUGCCAAUUGCAAUAGUAACUGUGGCGAAGGCAUUGAAAAACAAGAAUGUGUCCAUUUGGAAGGAUGCCCUGCAACAACUGAAAUCGCAAACCUCGACAAACAUAACAGGAAUGGAGACAAAGGUAUACUCAAGUCUGAAGUUGAGCUACGAACACUUGGAGGGAGAUGAAGUGAAGUCAUUGUGCUUGCUUUGUGGCCUAUUUUCUAGUGAUAUCCAUAUUGGGGACUUGUUGAAAUAUGGUGUGGGUCUGCGAUUAUUUCAAGGAACUAAUACAUUGGAAGAGGCGAAAAAUAGAAUAGAUACAUUGGUUGACAACCUCAAAUCCUCAAAUUUUUUACUAGAAACUGACCAUAAUGCAUAUGUUAGAAUGCAUGAUCUUGUUCGGAGUACUGCCAGAAAAAUUGCAUCCGAGCAACGUCAUGUGUUUACACACCAGAAGACUACCGUAAGAGUGGAAGAAUGGUCAAGGAUAGAUGAACUCCAGGUCACCUGGGUAAAACUGCAUGACUGUGAUAUUCAUGAACUUCCAGAAGGGUUGGUAUGUCCAAAACUUGAAUUUUUUGAAUGUUUUCUAAAGACCCACUCGGCAGUGAAAAUCCCAAACACAUUUUUUGAAGGGAUGAAACAACUCAAAGUAUUAGAUUUUUCUAGAAUGCAACUUCCAUCGCUGCCCUUAUCAAUUCAGUGCCUUGCAAAUCUUCGAACAUUGUGUUUGGAUGGAUGCAAGUUGGGAGACAUUGUUAUAAUUGCAGAGCUAAAGAAAUUAGAAAUUCUUAGCCUUAUGAGUUCUGAUAUGGAACAGUUGCCCAGAGAAAUAGCACAGUUGACUCAUCUAAGGCUGUUAGAUUUGAGCGAUUCUUCCACGAUAAAAGUAAUUCCGUCAGGUGUCAUAUCAAGCUUGUUCCGAUUAGAGGAUUUGUGUAUGGAAAAUAGCUUUACUCAAUGGGAGGGGGAAGGAAAGAGUAAUGCUUGCCUUGCUGAGUUGAAACAUUUGUCUCACUUAACCUUUUUGGACAUACAAAUACCAGAUGCCAAGUUGCUGCCAAAAGACAUAGUCUUUGAAAACUUGGUGAGAUAUAGAAUAUUAGUAGGUGAUGUCUGGAGCUGGGAAGAAAUUUUUGAAGCCAAUAGUACAUUGAAGCUCAACAAGUUCGACACAAGCCUUCAUCUGGUGGAUGGUAUCAGCAAGUUGUUGAAGAGAACUGAAGAUCUACACUUGCGUGAAUUGUGUGGUGGUACUAAUGUUCUUUCCAAAUUAAAUAGGGAGGGUUUUCUUAAAUUAAAGCAUCUUAAUGUUGAAAGCAGUCCAGAGAUUCAAUAUAUUGUGAACUCGAUGGAUCUGACUUCAUCACAUGGUGCCUUUCCUGUUAUGGAGACCUUGUCUCUCAAUCAGCUGAUUAACUUGCAAGAAGUAUGCCAUGGCCAAUUUCCAGCAGGGUCCUUAGGUUGCUUGAGAAAAGUGGAAGUGGAAGAUUGUGAUGGCUUGAAAUUUCUCUUCUCGUUGUCUGUGGCUAGAGGCCUUUCCCGACUUGAAGAAACAAAAGUAACCAGAUGCAAGAGUAUGGUUGAGAUGGUUUCCCAAGGAAGGAAAGAAAUAAAAGAAGAUGCUGUUAAUGUGCCUCUAUUCCCUGAAUUGAGAUACUUGACAUUAGAGGACUUACCCAAGCUCAGUAAUUUCUGCUUUGAGGAGAACCCAGUGCUUUCCAAGCCUGCAAGCACAAUUGUUGGUCCUAGUACACCACCUCUCAACCAACCGGAGAUUAGGGAUGGCCAACUUCUGCUUUCCUUGGGCGGCAACCUCCGGUCUCUCAAGUUGAAGAAUUGCAUGUCACUAUUGAAGCUAUUCCCACCCAGUUUGUUACAGAAUUUGGAAGAACUAAUAGUGGAAAACUGUGGUCAGCUGGAACACGUAUUUGAUCUUGAAGAGCUAAAUGUUGAUGAUGGGCAUGUUGAGCUCCUCCCUAAAUUAAAAGAACUGAGGUUGUCUGGUCUACCAAAGUUGAGGCAUAUAUGCAACUGUGGCAGCUCCAGAAAUCAUUUCCCUUCUUCCAUGGCUUCUGCUCCUGUAGGCAAUAUCAUAUUCCCUAAAUUAAGCGAUAUUAAACUGGAAUCUUUGCCCAACCUCACAAGCUUCGUCUCCCCUGGAUAUCAUUCCCUCCAAAGGCUUCACCAUGCAGACCUUGAUACCCCCUUCCCGGUGCUCUUUGAUGAAAGGGUUGCAUUUCCUAGCUUGAAGUUCUUAAUCAUCUCGGGACUGGAUAAUGUGAAAAAAAUAUGGCACAACCAAAUUCCUCAAGAUUCCUUCUCCAAACUAGAAGUGGUGAAGGUAGCAUCAUGUGGAGAAUUGUUGAAUAUUUUUCCAUCUUGUGUGCUGAAAAGGUCACAGAGUCUACGGCUUAUGGAAGUAGUGGAUUGUAGUUUAUUAGAAGAGGUUUUUGAUGUGGAAGGGACAAAUGUGAAUGUAAAUGUGAAGGAAGGUGUAACUGUCACCCAGUUGAGUCAAUUGAUUCUACGAUUGCUGCCAAAAGUUGAAAAGAUAUGGAAUAAGGAUCCCCAUGGAAUUCUCAAUUUUCAAAACUUAAAAUCAAUAUUUAUUGAUAAAUGUCAGAGUCUGAAAAACCUUUUUCCAGCAUCUUUAGUCAAAGAUCUUGUGCAACUUGAGAAACUGGAGUUGCGUUCUUGUGGGAUAGAGGAAAUUGUUGCAAAGGACAAUGAAGCCGAGACAGCAGCUAAGUUUGUAUUCCCUAAAGUAACCUCUCUCAUUCUCGUCAAUCUACAUCAACUCAGGAGUUUCUACCCAGGGGCACAUACUUCACAGUGGCCAUUGUUGAAAGAACUGAUAGUGCGUGCGUGUGAUAAAGUCAAUGUAUUUGCAUCCGAAACUCCAACAUUCCAACGAAGACAUCACGAGGGAAGUUUUGAUAUGCCGAGUCUCCAGCCCCUUUUCUUGCUCCAACAGGUUGCAUUGCCUUACUUGGAGGAAUUAAUAUUGAAUGACAACGGGAAUACCGAAAUAUGGCAAGAGCAAUUUCCAAUGGAUUCCUUUCCUAGACUAAGAUAUCUGAAAGUAUAUGGAUAUAUAGAUAUUUUGGUUGUGAUUCCUUCCUUUAUGCUUCAAAGAUCACAUAAUCUGGAAAAACUAAAUGUGAGAAGAUGUAGUUCAGUCAAAGAGAUAUUCCAACUUGAAGGACUUGACGAGGAAAAUCAAGCCCAGAGGCUUGGACGGUUAAGAGAAAUAUGGUUGCGUGAUCUUCCUGCGUUGACGCAUUUGUGGAAGGAAAACUCCAAAUCAAUCCUUGAUUUGCAAAGUCUAGAGAGUCUUGAAGUGUGGAAUUGUGACAGUUUGAUAAGUUUGGUGCCAUGCUCAGUAUCUUUCCAAAAUCUGGAUACUCUAGAUGUGUGGUCUUGUAGCAAUCUGAGAAGUUUGAUAUCACCCUCGGUAGCUAAAAGUCUGGUAAAACUCAGAAAGCUCAAAAUAGGUGGAUUGCAUAUGAUGGAAGAAGUAGUUGCCAAUGAAGGAGGGGAAGCAGUCGAUGAGAUUGCUUUCUACAAAUUACAACACAUGGUACUUCUAUGUUUGCCAAACCUCACAAGCUUCAAUUCAGGGGGCUAUAUAUUCUCAUUCCCAUCCUUGGAGCAUAUGGUGGUGGAAGAAUGCCCCAAGAUGAAAAUUUUCUCUCCAAGCCUCGUAACUACACCAAAGCUAGAAAGAGUAGAAGUGGCAGAUGAUGAGUGGCACUGGCAUAAUGAUCUAAAUACCACAAUCCAUAAUUUGUUUAAAAAGACACAUGGUAAUGUUGAGGUUGAGAUUGUGGAAUUAGGAGUUGGUUCAACAUUAUGAUUGCGCCAUUUUUGGUUCUUGGGAAUGUUAUCGUGACUGAAUUUCUAACCAUGCUAAUGCAGUGUUUUCCCAAGAAACCUAGCGCUUCUACACACAUGGCGGUGGUGAAAUCAGAGAGAGAAGAGUCACAGAUGUUGAUGGAGUUGGGUUGUCGGUGCUCUCCUCGUAGCCCUUUUACUAUGGCAAUGAAUCCAAUGAUUUCGCUCUUCGAUCACAGCAACAAACCCUGCCACCAUGUGAAGGAAGUAAGGGGAUAUUUUCUGUGGUCAGUGUAUUCAUGGUAUGAUUAAUUGAGUCAUUAACAUUUCUUUUUCUUUUUCCUAUUGAUUAUUGAUGGCUUAUGGUCUCAAGUUUUAUAUAUCAUGGGUGACUUUAUUUAUUUUUUUCAAUUAAACCUAGGGAUAUACACUGGUAAAUCCAGUGAUAUAUGAGAUUAAUGAUUUGAAUUCAAGAGUUCCAUUUGCUCACCGUGUGGGACUUCUGUCAGAUGAACUCUAUAAGUCUUCGCUGUUUGAUGCGUAAGCCCUACCAAUAGAAGAACUUUCUCCUAUUGGUAGCGAGGUGUUUCUCCAAUUGCUUUGGUGGAAUGAAAUUGUUAGUGGAAUUGUGUCCAAUGUGGCCUCUGCUCUUGUGAAGUGGCUAUGGUCAUUGAAGUCUACCACCAAUAUAGAUGGUAGACCCAAGCUGGUUGUUGGCUUGCCUGAAGGGUAAUCUAGGCAUGUAGAUGGGAAACUAAGAGAAGCAAGGAUGAACCAUCCAGAAGGGCUUACAGUGGAUGAGAAAAGAAAUAUUUACAUUAUAGACACUAUGAAUAUGGCUAUCAGGAAAAUCAGUACUGAUGCAAGUAAACUUUAGGGGUUACAACAUUGCUAGAGGAAAGUGGGGGCGAGGAGAAGGUCAUGUUGAUGGUCCAAUUCAAGAUACAAAGGUCUCAAAUGAUUUUGACAAAGUUUACAUUGGAAGUAGCUGCUCUCUUAUGGUUAUAGACAAAGUUCUCAAAUGAAAACAAAUACCCAUAGUUUGUCUAUACAGAGUUUCUAUUGUUCAGAAAGUUAUUAUUGAGCAAGAAAAUGUUUUCUAUCAACCAUUUCAUUUGAAAUGUUAAUAUUGAAUUUAUUAGAAAAGAUAUUUAAAAUUGAAGCAA